CCUUGUGGCAACCCAGUGUAAGUUGAUGCAAUCAUUAAAUUAUACCUUUGACUUGAAUAAAAAACAAUCAAUACAUUUUAACUUAGACAAAAUAUUUUACAGUGCAUAGCAAUAAAGUAGCCUAAUCUGAUGUUAUCCACCGUUGUCAUAAAAAGUAGGAUAAAUAGAAUUAUAGAAAGACGUGUGAAAGAAAUGUAUAUUGUUUUAAGGAAAUUCAUAUUUAUUAAUGUUUUAAUGGGGGAAAACGGUGUACCACGCUAACCUAUAAAAAAAUUAUAAUAAGAAACCAUUUUAUCUUAUACAAACGUCGCUCAUGUACAGAAAUCGACACAUGUCUCAGCGCAUUUGCGCCGUGCACGCUUAGAGUUCUGACGAGAGCGCGCAAACCAUCUUGAAGAAAGAGCAAGAAGCACAUCAGACUCAGCACGCGCUCCUGCUCCAUCCGGACAAUCUGAAGAUGAGCACAGCACACAAACUUACCUUGCCCGCUCUGCUCAUGCUGCUCUACAUUUCUAGCUCAGAUCCUGUUACUGUGACGACAAGCAAAGCCAAAGUGGAGGUACAUGAAAACACAAAUGCUGUCCUGUCCUGUGAAUUCAAGACAGAGAAAGACACAAACCCACGUGUUGAAUGGAAGAAGAGAAGCAAAGAUGUUUCCUAUGUUUAUUUUGAUGGGGAUUUUACAGGUUCAUUUAAAAGCCGUGCAUCCAUCGACGGGGCAACGAUGACCCUCCGUGGUGUUACGCAGAAAGACUCAGGAGUGUAUCAUUGUGAAGUCACAGCCCGCCAUGACAAAAUCAAGCUGGGGGAGGUCACUGUCACCCUCAAUGUGCUCGUUGCGCCACAUGCGCCGUCAUGUGAAGUCCCAGAAACAGUCAUGAGAGGAUUUUCUGCAGAGCUCCGCUGCAAAGACAAACUGAGCGUUCCCACUGCCACCUACAGCUGGUACAAAGACAACAAACCACUUCACACUAGCAAUCUCCCUGAAAUCAACUACACCCUGGACCCCAAAGCAGGGACUCUGAAGUUCAAGGCGGUGUCAAAAUCUGAUGAGGGUCAGUAUCGAUGUGAGGCCUCCAAUGGGGUGGGGGCACCCAAAAGUUGUGCCGGCCAGCAUAUGAAGAUAACUGAAUUUGAGCUGAACAUGACAGUCGUUACAGCAGUAGAAGUGGGAGCGUCUCUGUUGCUCCUCUCCUGCUGUGUGGCCAUCUGUCUGUGCUGCAGAAGAGGGGGCUGUUGUUGCUGCCGCAAGAAUCAAGGAGAGACACAACAAAGAACCAAGACCAGCUAUAACCCUCCAGAUCCGAGAUGUUACAAACAUACACAAUCCUUUGUGCUAUGAAGUGUGCACAUACUGGACAGUGCUGUGCUAAAAAAAAGUGAAGCGACCUCAAAAACUAGAGAACCAUAUCAUACAUCAAGUGCACUUGUACUGUAUGUCUCCAUGUUUUGCUCUGAUGGCCUGUAAGAGAAGAAAACACGCCCCCUGGUGUUGAGGCCCAUCCACAACAGACCUACAUUUCGAUUAAUCUCUGCUGUUUCUUUUUUGUAUUACUGUAAAAAGCUUUUAUAUUUUUCAAUCUAAGAGAACUCAUUUUUUUUAGAUAGCAUGUAGUAUUUUAAUUGUCUCAUAUCUGUUUGACUUCUCACAACUAGAGUUUGUAGAUACUGUAAAUGUUGCACAAUUUCAUACUAGUUCUUCUGCUCUUCCAGCGCCUCCUGCUGGCGGACAAUCAGUUUGCAUUCAAGUCUGGCUCCAGCAACGUUUUUUUUUUCUUUUCUCUGGAGCAACUCGGAGCACUAUUCAUACUCUUUAUAAGAAUUUAAGAAUAAUCAACUUACACCACCAGUCAAACAUUUUUGAACAGUAGGAUUUUUAAUGUUUUUAAAAUGUUUUUUUUUUUUAUAUAUAUAUAUUAUUUUGAUUUGCUGAUUAUCAAUAUUUAAAACAGUUGAGUACAUUUUUUUUUU